CAUUUAGGCAGUCAUACAUGUGAGCAACACACACUACAGUUGUUUCUGUUGUAGUCUAAACUUUGCAAUGAACAAGCCCAACAUUGUUAGACCAGAGGAGAGCCAGCCUGCACACGCGGUGUGGUUUGAUAGGAAAAAAUAUGUCACCAUUAACUUCAGGGUUCAAAAACCAAAAAAUGUCCAAGUUGACAUCCAAACCGACAAAAUGAUCUUGUGCUGCAAGAACGACACAGAUGAUGUAUUCUACAACGAGCUGCACUUUUAUGACAAAGUCCAAAUCCAUGAUUCCAGAGAAAGAGUGUAUGACCGCACCAUCAAUGUUUUGCUCAGGAAGAUAAAGCCGGAUUAUGCGUGGCCUCGUCUUCAGAAGGAUCCAGCAAAGCCCAGUUGGAUUGCUGUUGACUUUGACAACUGGAGGGAUUGGGAGCAUGAAGAAGAUGAGGGAAGGGAGGAGUAUGAAAAAUACGUGGACAUGAUCCAAGAGAUGGCCAGCAGUAAUAAGGGAGCAACACCAGACAUGGGGGAUCUUAGUGAUUCUGACUGAGGCUGAACAUCACCACCACCCCUCUCCUCUGUUGUUCAGAGAUACAGAAGACAGUACUGUUUUUUGAUGUUUGUGUUUUUUAUAAAUACGAUUUAAUUCCCCCUGUGUGGUUAUUUAUUAAAUAAAAACGAGC